AUGUUUGAAAACUACACCGUGACCGCAUCGCGUCAUCCUUCUUCUCUGCCACUCCCUUGUGAUGGCCUGUUUGGACCUGACUGGGCUGUCCCUCGGAUUUCGCCACCAUGCGAUUCUCAAAUUUCAAUUACUCAACUCUCGCAACAAUUCAGCGAAAUGCGUUACACUUCGCAACCCUCCUUCUAUCCUCGACACAGACCAACAAAUGCCGAGCGCGAGCUGGACCCAACCCUGAGUUCUGCUGAUUACGUGGGCUCGCUAUCCCCGUCCAGGAGACGUGCGCAGAGGCAACACGGCGUGCGAAUGCUUUGUGAUCCGUCUCACCUUCGCAACAUUCAAGACAUGGUCGACAAGAUGGUCCAAUCUGGGGAGCAAUGCGCCGUGUCGCCGCCUCGGGCUCCCAGUGUCGGGGCAAGCCCAUCACCAGCGGAGGAUGAAGGCUACAGCAGCCUUGACGAGAACCGUCGCAGCGGAUCGAUAUCAUCGGUCUCAUCUGCUGGAUCGGGAGCGUCUUCGUUAUCAUUCCGACGUUCUGUGGAUUCCAUCACGGGCGCCUGUGUGUCCAAGAAGGUCCGUGUCAAGAAGGCUCGCAACGCGCGCGGUGCGUCGAAGCAGACAUGA